CCUGCCCGGGCUGGGGUGCGCUGGGUAGUGGGGGCGUGUCGACACGGCACCGCAGGGAACGGGAACGGGAAGGGGCUAAGAUGGGUCGUGUGCUCGUGGAGCUCUUUUACGAUGUUGUGUCUCCUUACUCCUGGAUGGGGUUCGAGGUUCUCUGCCGAUACCAGCACAUAUGGAAUGUUGAUUUACGCUUUCGACCUGCUUUCCUUGGUGGCAUCAUGCAGGCAACCGGUAACAAGCCUCCAGCAAUGUUGCCAAAGCGUGCGGAAUACCUGCUGAAGGAUAUCAAAAGGAUGGCAAAAUAUUAUCAGGUGCCUUUAACAGUUUCACCUGAUGUAUUCCAACGUAUCAUUGGUACAAACACACUUGGAGCCAUGCGUUUUAUCACAGCCAUGGAUAUGACACAACCAAAGUACUUGGAACCCUUAUCUAGAGAGUUCUGGUUACGUUUUUGGUCACAGCAUGAAGAUAUCAGUAAACCAGAGAGUAUUUUGGCUGUAGCAGAAAAGGCUGGGCUGUCCUCUGAGCUCACCCAGAAGCUACUUCAAAUGAUUUCCACCUCUGAAGUGAAGGAUCGUCUGAAGGAGACAACUGAGGAAGCGAUAAAAUAUGGGGCAUUCGGGAUGCCUGCUAUUGUGGCACAUAUUGAUGGAAAACCUCAGCUCUUUUUUGGCUCUGAUCGUUUAGAGCUGCUAGCCAGCAAUAUAGGUGAAAAGUGGCUGGGACCAGUUCCUUCAGCUCCAAGCUCCAAAAUGUGAAAUGUUUUGGGGAGAUACCUAAGAAUGAAGAGACAGCACAUACAUAUACAGUUGAUCUUCAGUGAUUAUGCAUCCAAUUCUAUAGAGAGAUGACUUUCUCUUUUUUUAACUGCUAUUUUGAAGUACUUCAAAAAUAACUGCUCCAUCUAAUGGACAGUAUUUAUAUGUGCACUCAUGUGUCUGACAUUGGAGAUCACCACACAUGUGCAUUCAUAGACACCGGCUCUAGCCUUUGCAGAGGUUUCUAAUGAAAGUUAAUUUUGCAGAAUGAUAGGGAAGUUAACAUCCACAUAAUCACCAUAGGCUUUUAUAAGUGCCUUCAAGCCAUGUUGGAGAGGUUUUUGACCAUUAUACCCCUGAACCGUGCUACUUUUUAUCAGUGUUAUAAAACUAAUUCUGAUUAAUACAUUAUAAAACUAAUUCUAAUUGCUGGUAAAAAGAGUGGCUAAGAUCUUGCUUUAGGCCAGGCCGCUGUCAGUGACUUGAUUCACAGUGCUGUCUCAGAAAUGGGUAAAAUGCACUUUGUGGAGGUAAUGAGCUUUGGUGAGAAGUUGGGAAAAAUGCAAUAAAUGUCUUGAAUUAAUUUGAUGGUGAAAGCUGGGUUCUCGUGAUGUUUUAUCUUAUGAAAGAGCUUGACUUAAGAAGCAGCCUGUGUGGCAAAACUGUGUUGGUUUGGGAGAUGGAUCUUACGAAACAGAUCUUACAGACUGUUGUGUGUUUUCCCAGAUUAUCUUCAGGGCUGUCAGAUGCACUUGAAAUCAGCAGAGAUGAAAUACUUAGAGCCUGAUGUACUACAAUUUACACCAUUUACCCACUGCUGAGAAAAUUAACUAAAUCCAAAGUCAACUUUUUCCUUACCUUGCUUAUUCUAGAAUAACGUAGAAGGAGCUACUUCUCCUUCUAGACUGAAACACUUGGAAUGGGGCUUUCAUUUCAUACUAAAAAACACUGAAUUUGGCCUCUGGCUCCAGACUGCGUUUCACUGCCACACCUGUUUUGUCUAUAACUUCUUUUCUAGAGAAGUUCUGACCAUAAAGAGUCCAACAAGUACUGAAGUCUUUCUCCAGCUUUCCCAUAAGUUCCCUUGGUGCUUUUUUCACUUUGUGAAUCGAUCUACUUUUGUGCACACAAAAAAAACUAGUUUGAAAAAUAAAGCAGGUUCUAGCAGGGACAGCAUCGUGCAGUCAAGCCAAAAAUGCUGAUACUGAAUAUAUCUGUGCAAUCUGAAUGCCUGAUCUUUAUGAAUAUAUGCUCUCAUUGUAUUUGUCUUCUCCUCCCUCUGCUCCCUCUCCCAGGCCUCCCACAUUUUGCUUCAGGGUUUAAGGAACCCGCCUAUCAUCACUUAUCAAUGCCAUGUUUGAACCAGGAAUUAAAUACUUUGUUAAAUUCCAGGA